AUGUCCAGGAGAAGCACACCACAAAAAAAAAUCAGAAAACUCUCUACUCUCUACUCAACUGAAUCCCCAUCGAUCUUCACCCAUUCUUCAUUCUCCUCAGAAGAAUCACCAAAAACUCCAGAAAAAUCUCUCUCAACUCUCUCUACAUUCACGCUCCAUUUUUCAUCAACCUCUGAACGAAGCUCCUCAUUUGUGAGUCAAGACCUUUCAUCAUACACCAAUCUCUAUCAACAUCAAAUCACAUAUCACUACAUCACAAAAUGGGACAGAAGAAGGAAUCGCAGAAUCAGAGAAGAAUCGUACUUGGAGAUAUCUAGAUAUCUUCUCUGGUCGUCUUGCUUGUCGUCACUAUGA